AUGAUUUCUAAUUCUGAUAUUGAAACAAUAAAUAAAUUUAUUCUUGAAGCCAAUGGAACUAUGGAAAACAUAUAGAAAGCUUUUGUGAGAAAAUUUUAAUAAGAAUAUGGACCUUAUAUAUAUUUUUAUCAAGGCCUUUGAGAUAAUGUAUGUGAAAUAGAUGAUUAAAUUUUUUAGAUAUUCACAAAAGGUUAAAGACUCUUAAUUAUUUAUUUGUUAAAUAAUUCUGAAUUGAGAUAAUGUUUAACAGAUAUAUCAAGUUAUAGUUAGAAUUAAUUUGAAAAAAAAUUCAUAUAAGAUCCAUAACUUGUAAAGCAUUAUUUUAAGACUUAUAAGAUAGUAUGCUGGCCUUACAAUAAAGACCCUUUUAGAAGAAUAAGAUAAAUUUAUUACAAGUGAUAAACAAAUAAAUAAAGAAUAAUAAGUGCCUUAAAAUUCAUCAAAUAAAAUGAGAAAUUUAAUAUCUAUAAAUAAUAAUCCACCUCAGUAUAUAUUUUAAUAAUAAUUUAGUAAGUUGUAGCAGGAUUAAACUUUGGAGAAGUGUUAAAAUGGAUUCGAUAUUGAUUAUUUAAGAUUAAUUCCAAAUAUUGUUUAGAAUCGAUAUGAUUGGAUAGAUUUUUAUUAAUUUAAUAAUAUAUAAUGGGAUUAUUCAUUAUAAAUAAAUUAUGAUAAAUUAAGUUAGAUAAAGGAAAUUAUGUAAAAAGCUUAAAUAGAAUAAUUAUCAGAAGAUGAAUUGAAAGUAUUAAAUGUUAAUAAUUAAAUUAGUAAUUUCAAGAUUAUUUGAAGAAAGAAAAUAAUAAUUUAUUGAUAAAUAAUGGAUUGUUAAAUUUUAAUUUAAGUGAUUUGAUAGAAAAGAACUUAAAUUUAGCCUUUUUUUUGUUUUGUAAAUAUUUUCCAAAUGUAGAAUUUUUAGAGUAAUAAUAAUAUAAUAGAAAUAGUUUGAUGGAUGGAUUAGUGACAAUUGAUAUAACACCAAAUUCAUUAGAAAUAAUGUGUAUGAUAAUAUAAUAAUAUCAUAAACCAUAAGAAUACUUGAAUUAUUAUGUGAAUUAUUGUAUAUAAUUCUGUUCAAAUAUUAAAGUAAUUAAAAAUUAUAAGAAAUAGGAUAAAGGAUCGUAAAUAAAAAUGAUAAAAUAUUUGACAAUAUUUUUGAAACAUCUAAUAAAUAAAAAAAUGUUAAAGACUUAAGAAUUAUAGACAGAGGUAUGAUGAAAUAAUGAUGAAUUUAGUUGCAAGCAUUUUCAAUAGAAUUUUCAAAUAUAGGAGAAACAUCUAGUCUAUUCAAAUUGAUAAAGAAUGAUUAAUAAUAAUGA